AUGAACAUCGUAGAAUGGGCCUUCGGAAAGCGCAUGACGCCGGCGGAACGGUUGCGGAAACACCAGCGCGCACUCGAGAAGACGCAGCGAGAGCUAGACCGCGAGCGCGUGAAGCUUGAGAACCAGGAGAAGAAGCUAGUCGCAGAUAUCAAGAAGAGCGCAAAGAAUGGGCAGAUGGGGCCUCUGCGCAUCCAGGCAAAGGACCUGGUGCGCACACGGCGAUACAUCCAGAAGUUCUACCAGAUGCGCACACAACUGCAGGCGAUUUCGCUCAGGAUACAGACCGUACGCAGUAACGAGCAGAUGAUGCAGUCUAUGAAGGGCGCGACAACACUGCUCGGAAGCAUGAACAGGCAGAUGAACCUGCCCGCGCUCCAACGCAUUGCCAUGGAGUUUGAGAAGGAGAACGACAUCAUGGACCAGCGGCAGGAGAUGAUGGACGACGCUAUCGAUGAUGCCACUGGCAUGGAAGAUGAAGAAGAGAGCGAAGACGUCGUCAACCAGGUCUUGGAUGAGAUAGGCAUCGAUCUUGGCCAGGCUCUUGGCGAGACGCCCAGCGGACUGCAGAAGAACGCAGUACCUGAAGCUAGGGUGGCGCAGGCUGUUGGCGGCGGCGGAGCUGACCCUGAUGACGACGACCUCCAGGCACGCUUGGACAGCCUGAGAAGCCCCGCUUAUCUCAUCCGCGAAUCCGCCGCCGCCUCGGCCGCCCCAUCUGCAUCGCCGCCACUACCCAGUCACCAAACGCCAGCGCCAUCCUCCAAGCUGGCAGGCAACAGGCGUCGGAGCGCCCAGGGAGGCUUGCUCUCGAAGAUGUUUGGGAACGCAAAGGACGACGAGAGUCCCGCCGUCGACACCCCUGCCAACAAUGACGCGCCCAAACCCGCAGCCCCAGCGGCGGACAACGCAGCUGCUGCACCGACAAACACAACCAGCAACGGCUCCGCUUCCAUAGAUCGCAAGCCCAGUGACGCUUCCGCCCCCACUGAGAGAAAACGACGGAGUAGUGGCGUAUCGCGUGCCCGCGACAUGUUCUCGAGCGCGAAACAGUCGCUGCACCUCGGCGGCUCUUCUCCCACCAACACGACCAACAACACCAUGACCGAAAAGACCGCCCCUCAGACGCCCAUGCAGAAGCUGGGCAAGUCGGAUGCUGCCCUCAGUGUCCCCCAGGGCUCCCUCAACAACUCGGCUGGCGAGUCGGCGCCCGGCCCACGAUCUACCUUCCGCGUCGGUGUCACAGAGGAUAAGAACAAGAAGUGCAGACGAACGAUGGAGGAUACCCACGCAUACCUGUACAACUUCCUGAGCACCCCAGCGCCCUCGUAUGCCGCCGACAAGGCCCGCGCCAUCUCCGACGCCAGCUCCACUCAGUCGGACCCUCUGUCGCAAGCCGUAGUUGAGACAGACAACGGAUACUUCGCCAUCUUCGACGGACACGCCGGAACCUUCGCUGCUGACUGGUGUGGAAAGAAGCUUCACCUGAUCCUGGAAGAGACAAUCCGGAAGAACCCCAACACUCCGAUACCCGAGCUGCUCGAUCAGACCUUCACCGUCGUCGACCAGCAGUUGGAGAAGCUUCCUUUGAAGAACAGUGGUUGUACCGCGGUCAUUGCAGUUCUGAGGUGGGAGGACCGAGUACCUAAUGCGCAAUCGUCCACCGGCUCAGUGCUCUUCGCACCCGCGGCUGUAUCGGCUAUCAAGCAUGCAGGCGAAGGCGGCGAGGCUACCGAUUCCGCUGUGGAGCCCGCAGCUGAACAGCAAGUCGAGGCGAGAUUACGCAACGAGGCCAGCCGACAGCGCGUGCUGUACACCGCCAACGUAGGUGAUGCGCGUAUUGUCCUCUGCCGCAAUGGCCGAGCGCUGCGCCUCUCCUACGACCACAAGGGCAGCGACGAGAACGAGGGACGCCGUGUUGCUAGUGCCGGCGGCUUGAUUCUCAACAACCGCGUUAACGGCGUCCUUGCUGUCACACGAGCACUGGGCGAUGCCUAUAUGAAGGACUUGGUCACCGGACACCCGUACACCACCGAGACUGUGAUUCAGGCCGAGCAGGACGAGUUUCUCAUUCUCGCUUGCGAUGGUCUCUGGGAUGUCUGUUCCGACCAGGAAGCCGUUGACCUAGUCCGCCAAGUUCACGAUCCGCAAGAAGCCUCCAAGAAGCUCGUCGACUACGCCCUCGCACGCUUUUCGACCGACAACCUCUCCUGUAUGGUCGUUCGCUUCGACAACAAGGCUCUUCGGCAGCGCAAGAACGACGCCGCGAUGGGUGUGGACGGUGACCAGUCGACCAUGAAGGGCGGCAUCACCGAGGCAGACGCCAUCGUGGCCCAAGCGAAGAAGUCAAUCGGCGAGCCGGAGAUACCAGUCGAAGCAGCGGCGCAGGAAAUUAUCAUGGAGGAGGCCGAGGCUGAGCCCGGUCCUGAGCUCAACUUGGACGCCGCAAAGGCAGCCAGGAAACACGACGCAUAG